AUGCUCAACAAUACAGAAACAAGCAAAACUGAUGAAAACAAAGCCCAAAACAGGCCUUUUGAACAACGAAACAGGGAUUUUGGUUGUGAACAGAGACAAACACAGAGAUCGAUGACGAAGUGGAGCUGUUUCGCUGGGAGUCGUCACUCUUGUGCGGCGCGUUUAGAGUUCAGUUUCUCAACUCUCGACUACCCCGAGCUCGACGACAAAUGGCGCUCAGUCUGGAGCGAGAACACUGCUCCCGGCACGCCUUCGCGCGGCAAGUUCUACUGCCUCUCCAUGUUCCCUUAUCCCUCCGGCAACCUACACAUGGGCCAUGUCCGCGUCUACACUAUCAGCGAUGUAAUUGCGCGGUUCAGACGCAUGCAGGGAUACGACGUGCUCCACCCAAUGGGCUGGGACGCGUUCGGUUUGCCGGCCGAAAACGCUGCCAUCGAGCGCAACGCGGACCCGAGUAUAUGGACAAAGCAGAACAUUGCAAAUAUGAAGAAUCAGAUUCAGAAGAUGCUCGUUAGUUUUGACUGGGACAGGGAACUCUCGACAUGCUCACCAGACUACUACAAGCACACUCAAAAACUCUUUCUCGACCUCUACAAAGCAAACUACGCCUACCGCACCGAAGCCUCCGUUAACUGGGAUCCUAUAGACCAAACCGUGCUGGCCAACGAGCAAGUUGACAGCGAGGGCAGAUCCUGGCGUUCCGGUGCGCUAGUGGAGCAGAAGCUUCUCUCGCAGUGGUUCUUCAAGGUCACCGAACUUGCUGAUGAACUGGAAAAAGAUCUCGAAUUGCUUGGAGAAUGGCCUUCUGCUGUCACCACUCAGCAGUCGAAUUGGAUCGGACGCUCGCACGGUGCAGAGGUCGAGUUUGAGCUUGACGACGGAAGUGGUUCGUUGACUGUAUACACAACCAGACCAGAUACCCUCCCCGGAGUGCAAUUUCUCGCGGUCGCAAGCACGCAUCGCAUCUGUAUCUCAAGGCCUGAGCUGAGCGAACAAGUCUCGAAAAUGAUGGUUGCAAAUCCCGGUUCCAACGAGGGCUUCCGCAUUCCAGAUUUACACGCCAUCCAUCCUUUGACGGGGGAAAAGGUGCCCGUGUUUAUGGCUCCGUAUGUUCUCGGUGGCUACGCCCAGGGUGCAGUUAUGGGUGUUCCCGCGCACGAUACCAGGGAUUAUGGGUUUUGGAAACGAAAUAUGCGGGGCAAGCCUGUUCGCCAUGUGAUUGUACCUCUGGAGGAUGCAGCGCAGAGCACGACGGACGGCGGUCCGUACACCGCGAAGGCUGGCUCAGUUGCAUCUUCUGUUCCCAAGUACGGCGGCAUGACCCUGGACGAAGCCGUCACUGCGAUAGUCGCUGAUCUUGAAGGUCGGGGUAAAGGACGUCUGACGACGAAUUUCAAGAUUCGCGAUUGGCUCGUCAGUCGUCAGCGCUACUGGGGCGCACCGAUUCCGAUGAUCCACUGCGAUUCGUGCGGUGUCGUGCCUGUUCCCGAAGAAAAUCUGCCGGUUUUGCUACCGGAGAAGAUAAAGUCGGAAGGAAGCGGCUCGCCGCUUGCGAGAGAUGAGGAGUGGGUUAACGUUGCGUGUCCAAAGUGUAAGCAGCCCGCGAAGCGCGACACUGACACUAUGGACACAUUUGUCGACAGUUCGUGGUACUACUUCCGCUACGCGGACGCGAAAAACGAGAAGUUGCCGUUCUCUUAUGACGCUGCGUCGACUUUUGUCCCAGUCGAUCUCUACAUCGGAGGUUCUGAGCAUGCGAUCCUGCAUCUUUUGUAUUCCCGGUUUUUUGGAAAAUUUCUGAUGAAGCAGGGGCACUGGAGUGGAGGUGAUCUCAAUGGCGAGCCAUUCAGGAAGCUCAUUACUCUGGGAAUGGUUCAUGGCCGGACUUUCACUGAUCCUCAUACCGGUCGCUUUUUGAAGCCGGAGGAGGUUGAUCUUUCCGACCCAGCAAAGCCGGUAAUCAAAGCCACUGGCGAGACGCCACGGAUCUCAUCCGAAAAGAUGUCAAAGUCAAAGUACAACGGCGCCGACCCCGACGACUGCAUAAGCAAGUAUGGCGCCGACGCUACGCGUGCCCAUGUGCUUUUCCAAGCGCCUGUGAACGACACUCUCGAAUGGGACGAGCACAAGAUUGUCGGCAUCCAGCGUUGGCUUGGGCGUCUCUGGCGACAUGUAUUGAGCGUGUGCGCUGAUGUUGAGAAGGAAGGUAUCACGGAUUUCACGAUGCCGGCUGCCGAAUCCCGCACAGAGGCGGAGAUCAAGCUGUGGAAUGAUGUGCAGGAUCUGGUGGGCAAGACGACGACUGCCUUUGAGGCCGAUUACUCGCUCAACACGUCGGUUUCAAACUACAACAAGCUGACAAACAGCAUCCUCGACGCGUACAAGAAAUCGCGCGACUCGAAGAAUGAGGCAGAGAAGGUGAGGACCGUCGUCGUGCUCAACGCUACCGCUAGACUGCUCCAGAUCGCGGCACCGGUGAUCCCCGCAACGGCGGAGGAAUGCUGGAAAGCACUGCUUGAGGCACAGGGCAGGCCGUGGACGUCUGUGUUUGAAAUUGGCUCAUGGCCAGAAGUUGAGCCGAUGCAAGCCUUGUCGCCGCUGACGGACCACGUCGUGUUUGUCAACGCGAAGAAGAGGUUUGUGACUAAGUUGGACGAGAACUGGUCGCAGGAACAGAUGGUCGACGCUAUCCUGCAGACCAAAGAUGGGCAGAAAUGGCUGGUUGAGGAUGCAGCGGGAAAGACGAUUCAGCGCGUGAUUGUGCCAAAGGGUCGCAAGAACGUCAGCUUUAUUUUAAAAUAG